AUGGUAUCUAACUCAUAUUUCCCUGGAUGCGCAAUUUGCUUCACAAAAAUUAACUUUUCGACUUCUUUUGCUGGUGCUGGUGUUACUUUUCGGGAUGCAAAUGCAGCGGUGUUGGGGGCUUUGAGUGUUGGUCUUGGCAUGCAGACCAACUAUUUUGCAGAAGUGUGCGCAGUUAUUUAUGGGGCUAUGUUGGCUAAAAGGUGGAAUAUGCGGAAACUCUGCGUGCAAUCUGAUUCGAUGAGUUGCAUUCAAGCAUUCCAGAAUGAUGCUUUUCCAUGGCAACUAAGGCAGAAGUGGAGAUUAGCUAGGAAUUUUUAUUCCAACAUUCGUUAUAUUCAUAAGUAUAAAGAAGUUAAUUUUUCAGCUAAUGCUUUGGCAAAGCAAGCUUGUUUGCUAGCUGAAGACAUUUUUGAGUUUUCUGAGGGGAGGCCAAUCUCUAUGCUUUCUGUGGAAUGGCCGGGUGAGGUUUAUUUCCGUUUUAAUUAG